UUUCCCCACCUCGCCAAGUUUAUCGUCCCUCCCUCCCUUCCUUCCCUCCCAAGCCUCGCCCGCCCGCCCGCGAUCCCCACACGGGAGGCUCCCUCCGCCGCGGCCCCCCCCGCAAAUGCUGCCGCCGAUCAUGAUUUUUCGAUGAACAUGCUGGGGGGAUCUGAAGAUGGCUUCAGCGUGUCCACGCCGAUGCAUUGGAUGAUGCGUUGCUGAGUUUUACUGAAGCCGCAACAAGCAUGUCAGUUGUGCAAAUAAUGAUGCAUAACCAUUCAUGCUCUGACACCCCCGUUUGGACCUUUCUUCUUCUUAUGCAACCCUGUACUAGCGAACCUACUACCGUCAUGAGCUUCAAAGGUGGUGCGGGUUCUACAGUCCUCGGUUUUGUUACUGUUCAGUGAUUCCUGCCGAAGCCUCUGUCAGUGAAGUUAACGACCAUGGAAAGGUAUAAAGUAAUAAGGGAGAUUGGUGAUGGGACUUGUGGAAACGUUUUUAGGGCUUACAAUAUAGAAACAAAUGAAAUUGUUGCUGUUAAAAAAAUGAAGAGAAAGUUUUACCACUGGGAAGAGUGCAUUAGUCUGCGAGAAGUAAAGGCCCUCCAGAAACUAAACCACCCUAACAUUGUGCAAUUGAAGGAGGUGACGAUGGAAAAUCAUGAGUUGUUCUUCAUUUUUGAACACAUGGACUGUAAUUUAUACGAUGUUAUAAGAGAAAGGAGUGCUCCUUUCUCUGAAGAAGAGAUACGGAAGUUUAUGCUCCAAAUACUGCAAGGCCUUGUGUACAUGCAUAAUAAUGGAUAUUUUCAUCGUGACCUGAAACCUGAAAAUCUUCUGGUGACAAACGGUAUUGUUAAAAUUGCUGACUUUGGGUUGGCAAGAGAAGUAUGCUCCAGUCCUCCUUACACAGAUUAUGUCUCUACCAGAUGGUACCGGGCUCCAGAGGUGCUGCUACAAGCUUCAGCCUACACACCUUCUAUAGACAUGUGGGCCAUUGGUGCAAUUCUGGCUGAGCUUUUUACACUGUCUCCACUUUUCCCUGGUGAAACUGAGACAGAUCAGCUAUACAAGAUAUGCGCUGUGCUUGGGACCCCAGAUCACUCCCUCUGGCCAGAGGGAAUGAACCUGCCUCGUUCAAGUAGCUUCCAGUUUUUUCAGAUUCCGCCAAGAAAUCUGUGGGAGCUUAUUCCUAAUGCUUCCCUGGAAGCUUUAGACCUGAUCAAGCAACUUUGUUCUUGGGAUCCACGAAGAAGGUCAACUGCUGAGCAAGCACUACAACAUCCAUUCUUUAAUGUGCGCAAGUGGGUACCAAGACCUCUCCAUGAUUCUUCCUACCCAAAGAUGAAUGAGCCUAGAGCAACACCAAGGUUGGAACUGGACCUUUGGUGUUUUGGUAAAGAAUCUGAUGACCUUGAUCUAACUCUCAGCCUAAAGCCAAGCUCUGUAUCAGAUCUUGGUAAGCAUGUUCCAGAACAUAGAGAAGAGGAAAAUUUUCUAUACCCAGGUUAUGGGAAUCCUCCUGUACAGCCAGGGCUGUGGCCACUCAUGUCAUCAUCGCAUCGCCCCUUGGGGGAAGCCCCGGCCAUGCCAUCCUGGCAACAGGCGUACAUGGUUGACAGCCAAGGCGCCACGCUGCCAGCUGCCGGAGGAGGAGGAGGAGGAUUCCCGGGCUCUUCUCCGUUCGGGCUGUUCCCUCUACAGCCGAACCUCAUGGAGAAGCGGUCGCUGGCGCCGGCGCCCAUCCGGCAGGUCAAUUUCUUCUGACCGACGACUGAAUAAUGAUGAUCCCUCCCGGGUUUGACAAGAGCAGCAGAUCGUCAUUAUCAUGAUCCAGCGUGGGUUGGGUGCGUGGAGUUAUUUUUAUACGAGUGCUAGACUCGGACAAUAAGCCGCCGUGGCGAGGCGUCGACAGCAAGCAGCAGCAGACCAAACAAAAAAAUGUACAUACAUAUUCGUGGUAGGUUGACAGUUCCUCAUCGUGUCUGAGAUUCUGUUACUCUGUACAUACAAACAGUUUUGUACGAACGACCGUGGUUUUUCUCGAUAUAUAUUUAUAAUAUCGACGAGUGAGUGAGUGAUGGUGAUGAAGAUUCAUGUCAUAUGGCCACA